CUCGUGGGCGCGUGAGACGGGGCAGGUGAACUGUGUACAUAUCUAUGUAGAACGCACCUAUCACUGUCGUGGCACGGGUCACAGGAUAUCUCAGCCACAGUCAAUGCUUUGCUGCGGAUUUCUCCUCUGGGACGCCCCACACAAGCUCGUCAUGCUUCGUCCGCAAUCGGUACAGUGAAGUGGUGGCGAAACUCUCAUGACGUAGGCCUCUCGGUGUUAGCUUCCCUGUAAACACAGCUGUCAGUUUCCUACGAUGCUCACGUAGAAGACACAACGUCGACGAUGUUGUCGCGACUCAGGACGACGUUUAAAAGCCGUAAAGGCAGUACCAUUGUUAAACCGGAUUAUGACAAGUUGGAUACGGCUAAUCUGCCGGAUAAGUUUGUGUAUUCAAGGCCAAGGUUUUUAAACAUUGAUGAUUCCCUGGGAUCGGAUCACUCUGUCAGGGCGAUCCUCACCCCCCUCGACUUGACAGCCCUACCCUGGAGCAGUGGAUAUGCUGAGUGCGUGAAUGGCGGCAAGUCGCGGUAUAACGAGGACCAGGCGGCUGCAAGUCAGUUCUACUUAUCGUGCGGGCACCACACUUCAAACGGUUCCGUAACAAACAACAAUAGGCCUAAAUCCCCAAACUCGCAGUAUACCCAGGUGAAGGUCACCUACAUGGGGAUAUUUGACGGCCAUGCUGGAACCGGGGCAGCACUCAUGGCGUCGCAUCUACUGGAGACACACCUACAGGAGAAGCUGACUGAGGUAAAAGAAAAUAUUCUGGAACUUGGAGAGAGUGAGAUAGUGACACCAUUGCACCCAGCCAUCACUGCUGACCGCCUCAUCAUCGGCGCUCUGGAGGCAGCGUUCUGCUCCCUGGAUGAACAGAUGGCAAGGGAGAGAACUACGUACGUCAUUCGCGGUGGCUGCACAGCUCUUGUGGCCAUGUUUCUACUUAAUACAUUAUACGUGGCGAAUGCAGGAGAUUGCAGUGCCAUCCUGAGCAUCAAUGAUGAGAUCAUACCCAUGUCAAGAGAGCUGUGCCCAGCAGGGGAGAUGCUACGGCUUCAAACAAUGGCAUUUGCAAACCCCAGUCUUUUGCGAAACGAGUUCAGUAACAGAGCCUUCUGUCGGCGGGUAUGGAACGAGGAUCUAGGGAAGAAGGUUCUUUGUAAGGAGCCAAUGUCCGACGGCUGGGUAUACCGGGAAGUGACGUCAGAAGACAUCCGGUCGCCCCUUAUUCGAGGCGAAGGAAAGAAGUCACGUCUGAUGGACACAAUCGGCGUCUCACGCUGCCUGGGUGACCAUGACCUUCUUGUGUUUGGCACGGACAUCAGGAUCAAGCCAUUCCUCAUCCCAAACCCAGAGGUGAAGAGUUUCAACUUCAAUAAGAAGUCUCUGACGGAGGACGAUGUCUUGAUCAUGGGAAGCGAUGGAUUGUGGGAUGUAAUGUCUAACCAAGACGCCGCCAGCAUCGUCAAGGCAGUACUACAACAACACACAGCACAAGACCCACUCAGGUACACUAUAGCAGCUAAGGCCCUGGUAGCCCACUCUCGGGGGACGGUCUCUGAAAAAGGCUGGAGGAUGGACAACGACGACGACGCCUCCUUCGACGACAUCACCGCCUUCGUCAUACCCUUACACAUGGUGAAGAAGGUUGGAACCCGUCUCUGAUGGAGGGGCUGGACCAUAGAGACGUUUACGACGACGUUGUGCUUGAGUCUGUUCUUCACGAAGGCGUGGACGAUUGGAAGUGCCUCCAAACAGCAAUGAAAUCCAGAGUUCCGUGGAAUGGUGAUGGGUAGUGGGGACCAGCAUGGGAUUUCUUCACGUCUCACAUUAAUUCUUCAUGUUAAUUCCCAUGGCGUUUGCCGUCUUGCAACAUGAAUCUUCAACAAUGCAAAAUAACAGCAUAGGCGGA